AUGAAGUUUGCUCGGUCGGUCGAUCUGUACAUCUUCAACCUCAACUACCUGCGCUGGUGGGCCAACUUUCUCGGUCUGGACAUCAUGACGCCCAACUACAAGCCCAACAUACGCACGUAUCUGGGCAUGGUUGGAACGUCCGUGUUUUUUUUCGGCGGACCCUACACCGUCUGGUACUAUUGGGCCAACUGGAUCAAGCUGAUGGAGUCGGCCGCCGUCUACGGAUUCGUCAUUCAGGGUGUGGCGAAGAUCUACACAGUGGUCCGCUACCACGGGUUCUUCGUCAUCAUGUACGGUCGGUUGGAGCAGUUCCACCGUGAGCACGGCCAGCACCGGAAGAAUAAUGCCACGCUGCUGCAGAACAUCCACCGAAUCCAUCAAUUGUCGAAGCUCAUUUCGGCGCAGUACGCGAUCGCGAUGAUCGUCUUAAGCCUUGUCCCGAUCGCGUGCUACCUGAUGAACGGUGAAGCGGAGCUCCCAACUGCCAUGCUGGUCCCGUUCACGGAUCCCAGCGUUCCGUGGCAUUUUGCGCUCAACAUGGUCGGCCAGUACUAUCUGAUGUUAGCGGCGUGGGCUGGGUUUUCUGCGUCGGAAAGUGUGAUCCUGCUGUUUGUGGCAAGCCUGGCCGGGUACGCCGAUGUACUGAAGAACACGGUCGACGAAAUGAAUGGCGCGCUGGUUCAGGUUGGGCACGGGAAGGAUCGUACCGAGGUCCGCCGGAAGCUGCUCGAGAUAGCCCGACUCCAUCAGCGUGUCUUGGAAUACGAGCACGAUCUCGAGGAGCGCUACUACCUCAACAACUGGGUCCAGGUAUUCUCGUCGGUAUUCACGCUCACGGGCGCCCUGUUCCACUGUCUGUUCAGUCGGCAGUUUUCGAUGUACACCCUGGCGAUGGCUGGUGUGACGCAACUGUUCGAGCUCUGCCUCCUGGGGACCAUUCUUAGCAUCAAGAACGAAGAAAUUGAGUCCUCGUUCUACGACAGCCUCUGGUACCUGAUGGACCGCUCGGAGCAGCGCACCUUCCUGAUCUUGUUCCACAAGAGUCAGCAUGCGAUUGAAAUGACCAUUGCCAGCAUGGCUCCCCUGAACAUUGUCACGUUUGUGUCGGUGAGUUCUGGCCGCCGGAUCUGCGCCUAA